UUUGCUUAUCUUCGGAGGUGUUAUAGACUGGUAUUGGUUCGCUUUGACUAGACGAAGUCGUCUGCUUUGACGUGGAAUCUCGUUUUGACAUUGGGCAGAAUUUUAGAGGAAUAUCUAGACAGCAGGGUUUUCCUUUUUUCUUUUUAAAGCCAUUUAUGGCAGACAGAAUUUACGCAGUCACGUGUCGACUCCUCCGGUUUGUUUGAGUUUCUCUGCGAGGUCACUUGAAACGCAAAUAUCCUAUCAACAGCAUGACAGCAUUGGCAUUACUAAAUGCCCUGGCCACCAAUGAACAGUUAGAGCAGUCACCAUCACAACGAGAUGGCAUCAAAAAAGAAAAAGAGCAAAUCCUACUCAGCUUUGGCUGCGAAUUAAUACAAAGCGCCGGGAUUGCUUUGAAACUGCGACAGGUAGUCACGUCUACGGCGCAGGUACUAUUCCAACGAUUUUUUCGAGUCGCUAGCCUUAAAAAUUUUGGCAUCCAGGAAAUAGGCAUGGCGGCAUUAUUUCUUGCAUCGAAGACGGAAGAAUCACUUGUCAGAAUAUCAAGUCUUACUUUGGUCUACCAUUAUCUAAUUCAAAGAGCUCGGCGACGGGAGAUGGUGCCGUUGGAUGGAUUUUCGCAACAAUCCUAUGAUCUGAAGAACGACUUGGUGGUGGCCGAGAUGCAGAUUCUCAAGCAUUUGGCAUUUGAUGUUAGUGUCCAACUGCCAUACGGUUUGAUGGUCAACUAUCUGCGAAUUUUGGGCCUAGAGGAUCAUCCCGACGUCCCCAAUAAGGCAUGGGGAUAUUUGAAUGACGGUUUGCGAACCGUCAUCUAUGUUGCAUACCAUCCCCCUACUAUAGCAUGCGCAUCUAUUUGGUUAGCCUGCAGGGAACUUCAAAUUAAACUUCCUACCCAACCUGGAGCGCAAUGGUGGGAGCUAUUUGAAGCCGAUAUAACGGACAUUCAGGACAUUGCUGGGCAUAUCCAAAGUCAAUACUACCUAAAGUAUGAUCGAAGUGUUGUGCCACUCACGACAGAUGAGUUAGCUCUCCAUCAAUAGACGUUAGCGUCCUUCUUAGGAACCCAUACCACAAUUGCAUU